CAAGAGGAGCUGAUGCAUUUGAAAAAGCCUCAUUAGUUGUUCAGGGUGUAUAAAACCUCCUGUUUAAAUUUGUAAAUAACAUUUUCACCGACGUUUUGAAGCAUAAUGGAUCUUACUGCCAAACAUGGGCUGCUGCUGCUCGACCAGCUGAGGAAGAUGAGGGAAGCUGAGCAUCUGACAGAUGUGGUGCUGGUUGCUGAGGGCGUCAGCUUUCCCUGUCACAGAGUUGUCCUGUCCGCCUUCAGCCCAUACUUCCGUGUUAUGUUCACCUGUGGCCUGCGUGAGUGCAACAACAGAGAGAUAUUCCUGCGUGACACUCCUGCAGACAGCCUGGCCCUCCUCUUGAACUACAUGUACUGCUCAGAUCUUCCUCUCACUAAUGGCAACGUACAAGGCAUCUCCAUAGCAGCUUUUCUUCUGCAGAUGGAUGAUGUCUUCACUCGCUGUCAGCUGCACAUGAUGGAGAACAUGGAUGCUUCCAAUUGCCUCGGUGUAUAUUACUUUGCCCGUGACCUCGGUGCAGAGCAACUGGCUGACCAAGCUCAGCGCUUCCUGAGGCAGCACUUUGUCCAAGUGUGCCAGAAUGAGGAGGUCUUGGAGUUGGAGGCCCAUCAGCUUGGAAAGCUUCUGUCAUCUGACGAUCUGAAUGUGUCUCGGGAAGAAACCAUUCUGGAUGUGGUCCUUCGGUGGGUCAAACACAGCACCCUGGUGGAUGGAGAGGUACGUGUUCGGCAUCUCCCAGAGCUCCUGCGGAAGGUCCGUCUGCCACUGAUAAACCCCGACUAUUUAAGAGAAGCAAUAAAGAGAAACACAGCCCUGCUGGCUGAUGCUGAGUGUCUGGAGAUUAUGAACGAAGGACUGGAGGCCAUGGCUUUGCAUCCCGCGGCUGCACCACGCAAACUAAAGCUGCGUUAUGGCAUGGAGACCACAGAUCUGCUGCUCUGCAUUGGCAAUGACAGUGGCGGUAUCAGGUCAAGGUAUGGCAGCUAUGCUGAGCGCAGCUUUUGCUUUGCCCCGUCCACAGGGCGAAUUUAUUACAUCACCUCACCUCGCUACGGAGAGGCUCUGGGGUAUGUGUGUGCUGGGGUUGUGACUGAAAGAAAUGACAUCAUUGUAGCAGGAGAGGCAAGUGCUCGCAGAAUGGCCCGACAGAAAGACAUCAGUGUUGAAAUCUGCAGGUACAUGGUGGAGGCCCAGGGAAGCUGGGAGCACCUGACAUCAGCAGAGUACCGUGAUUCUUAUGCUCUGGCGUCACUGGGAGACACUCUAUACUUGCUGGGUGGCCAGAUGAAGCUGAAGAACCAGUUUCUCAUCACAAACUGUGUGGAACGCUGGUCUCUGCAGGGUGGACCCUGGCGGAGCGCAGCACCCCUUCCUAUGCCUUUGGCUUGUCACAGCGUGGUCAGAGUGAAAGAUCGCCUUUAUGUGGUGGGUGGUCGAACCCCACAGUCAUACCGGAUGGAUGAGGAGCCCGACUGUCUUAGUAACCGCCUCUUGGAGUAUGAUCCAAACACAAACAAAUGGACAGAGCUUUGUCCCAUGAAAUACUCAAAGUACCGCUGCAGUGCUGUGGUACUCAAUGGGGAAAUUUAUGUGAUGGGUGGUAUUGGUUGUGAGGGUGUGGACCGUGGACAAUCCCGUCACUGUCUCAACACUGUGGAGAUUUACAACCCAGAUGGAGAUUAUUGGAGGGAUGGACCUCCUCUGCCAUGUUCCCAGCUUUCACUGCGUACCAACGCUUCCAAUGCUGGUGUUGUGGGAGGAAAGAUUUUUGUUUGUGGAUAUUACAAAGGAGCAGAUCGCCAUGAUGACAUAACAAAGGACAUUCUGGAGCUAGACCCGUGGGAGAACCGGUGGACUGCGGUGGCUCGGCGUGCUUUAAUGCAUGACAACUAUGACGUCUGCUUAGUGGCCAAUCUCAACCCAAGGGGACUCGUAUCCCCACCUGCAGACUUAGUAAAGCUGUGACAGCACUGUCAGUCAGAUCAAAGUCUGCAAAGGAGAAUUAGUGAAGGAAAUUAAUCAUCAAUGCACUUAUUGCACAGCUUAUGGCAAUCACUUUUUUCAAGCAAGAACGCUCUUAGUACUCUGCAUGAAAGAGAUGUCUAUGGUUAAUUGCUUGGUUGCACACCGGGAAGUAGGAAAGCAAUUUGUAAAUACAAUAUAUUUGUUGCUUCUUAAUAUGUUGUGUAACAGCUGCAAAGCGGAUUAUCCCAAACCUGCAGCUGUGUAGCAUAUCUGGAGUGUUAUUAGCAGCUCCAGGAAAGGAUUUUCUUUGAGGGAUAUAAUGAUUAUAAUAGUGGACUUCACACUUUGACAAAAAAAUAAAAAAUAAAAAAAUAUAUAUCAAAAUUCUGGCACUCGG